AUGGAAAAUAGACUAGGGAACUCUAAUGGAGUGGGAAUUUCGAAGAGAACAAGGUCUUUGGAUCUUAAGACGGUUUAUAAGUCUAGCAUUACAAAGGAUUCUGUGAAUAAGAGCUUUAAAAGGAAAAAUAGGUCUGGGAAUGAUGGUGAUCGGUCGAAGCAGGAUAAGAAGAGCAGAAAAGUUGUUUCUUUAAGUAGCUUUAAGAAAGUUAAUCGCGGAAACGAGAAAAUUCUGGAUAAGGGAUGCAAUGGUACCACGAUACUGCACAAUUUGGAGGACACCAAGGUGGGUUUGGAUGAGAAAUUGUGCGACGGUAGUGGACUUCAAGGGAUUUCAGUUGGUUUGGCAGGUAGUAUGAUUUAUGUCCCUAGACGCAGGAGAGAUUUUGUCGGGAGGAGUAGGUUUGAGAAUGGCCUAGUACAGAAGUCUGCAGGGGAGUCUGACAGUCAGGAGGAGCUGGUUGAUAAGACCCCGAAGGAAACCGGUGAAGAAUCUAGUGCUCAGGAUCAGCUCAUUAAAGCUGAAGAGAAAGACUCUGACAAAGAAAUCAAAGAAUCUAAUCCAGUAGCUCAGCUGCAGUUGGAGAAUGGGCAUUCUAAUCAGUCUCCAGUGAAAGACAACCAGCUCGUUGCAAAACAAGCACAUUGUAACAGGAGAAAAAGGAAGUCCUCAGCAUCAAACAGACGUGUGGGGAAAGAGGCCAAGUCUUCAGGUGAUGCCAAGGUAUCACGUGAAGAUGAUGAGGAGAAUCUUGAAGCUAAUGCAGCAAGGAUGCUCUCUUCACGGUUUGAUACAAACUGCACCCAGUUUCCUUCAAAUUCUGUUACUCCUGGUUCACAAUCUGUCCGUAGAUUGCAGCCAUUGUCUUCUGGGAAGAAUUCAGUUACUCCUCGAUCUGAGUUGUUUAGUUCCAAAUGUGUCUCAGAUGACACUGAUGAUAGAAUGUUGCGGCCAAGGAGAAAGCAUGAUGGGAAGGGUAAAGUUCGGAAAAGGCGCCACUUUUAUGAAAUAGUAUUUUCAGAUAUGGUGGAUUCGCACUGGUUGUUAAACAAAAAGAUAAAAGUUUUCUGGCCUUUGGAUGAGCGUUGGUAUGAUGGGUUUGUGGAUGAUUACGAUGGAGACAAGAAGAUGCAUCAUGUAAAAUAUGAUGAUCGAGAUGAGGAGUGGAUCAACUUACAGGGUGAAAGAUUUAAAAUUCUGUUGUUCCCUACUGAAGUUCCUGGAAAAAAUCAACGGAGAAGGCGCUAUUCAGGGUCAAAUUCUACUCUGAAAAUAAAAGGGAAUGAUACAUCCACCAAAGACGAGGAGAAGCAGAAGGGAAAGCUAGAAGAUGAUAGCGGCAUGGGCGACAUGGAAUCAGAACCAAUAAUCAAAUGGUUGGCUCGGUCUAUGCAUCGGGACAAAUCUUCCACUCUUAAGGCUGUUCAAAAACGGAGAAAAACUGAAAUGAUGACACCUAAAGAAACUGUGAAAACGAAUGGGGAUGUUGUUAGUGACACUGCAGGACUGUACACAAAUAGAUCUCCUAGUUCUCUUGCAUCAUGUGGAUUACCUGGACCGAGUGGGAAUGUGUCCUUGUUGGAAAGCUCUGGUUUUCGUAAGGGUAGUAUAUUUCCUAUUGUCUAUUAUAGGAGACGACUUCAUAAUGAAAAAAAAGGAAUCUACAAUGGGUCAGGUGACAAUAAUGUUGAGGUUUUGAAGCACCUUCGAGUAUCAAAAUGUCCGGAUCCGGAUGUAGAGUUUUUGCCUAUUGAAGAUUCUGGGCCUCUGGAGCUUUAUUGUCCGUGGAAUGACACAGAGCAAUUUAAGUUGUCCCUCAACCUACAGGUUGUUUCUGUGAUUAACUACUUUCUUAUGGCGGAUGUUGACUGGCUUUCACGUGUUACUCUUUUGCUUCAGCAUGGUACACUUGUGACCUUGUGGCCAAGGGUUUGUUUGGAAAUGAUUUUCCUAAAUAACCAAGAUGGGUUAAGGUAUCUAAUUUUUGAAGGCUGCUUGAUGGAGGUUGUUCAGUUGAUUUUCCGUAUCUUGACUGUAGUAGAUCAUUCUAAUAAGCAAAGAGCAGAAAGAGCGGAUGCUGAAUUGCAGUUGCCAGACUUCUCAAUUGGUCUUCAAGUUUCUUGUAUCCCAUACUUCCAAAGGCAGCUUGCGUUCCAACUCUACAGUUUCCAUGAAGUGAAACGUUCAAAAUGGUCAUACUUGGAACAGAAUGUCAGGAGGCAUUCUUUGCUGGUUAAGCAAGUAUCGAUUUCAGAGUGUACACACAAUAACAUGAAGGUCCUGCAGAAGGUUAUGCAGAAGAGAUCUAGGCAGGGAAUCAGCUCAGGAUUUGUUUCUAGAGGAUCGUCGUCUGCAAACAGUGCAUCUGUUUGCUGCAAGAAGCAAAAUACGUCUCCAUUGGCACUUCCUUUUGCUGCUCGACCACCUACUCUGUUAUUCCGUUUAUUCCUGAAAAUGAUAAGAAAGCUGGGUCAUGAUUCAGUAGAAUACCUGGGAACUGAACGCGAUUUGGUAACAAAUGGAGGUUAUGAUAUGGUAGAUUGCACAAAUGAAUGUCCUGAACCUCCUCUCAAGAGUAAGUGCCUAAAUGAUGGACUAAUUAUCACUUCUUCUGGAGGGCAAGAAGCGCGAGUGUCAAAAGACGGUCAUACUCCAUCUCAAAGGCAGCAACUGGGGUCUGAUUCUGAAAAUGGGAUGUCAGUCAGUUCUUCUGUUGUCACACAAAAGCACGAAACCAGGUCUAACGUUUGUACUCAAGUUCCAAUGUCUGAUCAUUUAGACAGAGGUACUCCGCAGUCAAGUAACCUGGCCUUGAGUAUUCAAGGUAGCAUCUCAAGUCCCAAAUCCACUGCCCCAAGAAGUAUGUGGUAUCGAAGUAAAAGUUCUUUAAUUGGCCAUCUCUCACAUGGUUGGUCGGAUUCAAAGGGAGACUUUCUGCACACUAAUUUGGGAAACGGACCUAAGAAGCGACGUACGCAAGUAUCUUAUUCAUUGCCGUCUGGGAGUUCUGAUUCUAGAAACAGAGGUUCCAUGCACAAGGGGCUUCCGAACAAAAGAAUCAGAAGGUCUACUGCUGAUGUUUCCAGAGGACUUCAAAAAGAAUUGGAGUCUAGUUUUUGCGAUGCCAAUGUGUUAGUCACUCUUGGUGACAGAGGCUGGAGAGAAUAUGGAGCUCAGAUUUUCCUGGAACCUGUUGAUAAUAAUGAAUGGAAACUUGCGGUGAAAAUCUCGGGGACAACAAAAUACUCUCACAGGGCGCAUCAGUUUUUGCAACCUGGAUCGACAAAUAGGUUUACACAUGCUAUGAUGUGGAAAGGUGGAAAAGAUUGGACCUUGGAAUUCCCUGAUAGGGGCCAGUGGUCUCUUUUUAAAGAGAUGCAUGAAGAGUGCUACAAUAGAAAUACUCGAGCUGCUUUAGUUAGAAAUAUUCCUAUUCCUGGCAUCCGCAUGAUAGAAAAGGACAAUUUUGAUGGAAUGGAACCUGAAUUUAUCCGCAGUUCUACUAAAUAUUUUCGGCAGACUGAAACCGAUGUUGAGAUGGCACUGGAUCCUUCACGUGUUUUGUAUGACAUGGACAGUGAUGAUGAGCAGUGGCUUUUGAGAAUUCGUGAGUGUUCGGAUGCUGAGAAUAGUGGCUCUUGUGAGAUAACUGAGGACAUAUUUGAGAAGGCAAUGGACAUGUUUGAGAAGGCUUCAUAUGUAAAGCAGCGUGAUCACUUUACCUUAGUUGAAAUCCAAGAAUUGAUGUCCGGAGUUGGAUCCUUGGAAGCAAUGGAAACAAUAUAUGAGCUUUGGAGAACAAAGAGGCAGAGGAAGGGAAUGCCAUUAAUCAGGCAUCUUCAGCCACCUCUGUGGGAAAAAUAUCAACGAGAGCUCAAAGACUGGGAGUUGCUUAUGAGCAAAGCAAACACUCCAUUUUCAUGUGGGUCACAGGAGAAACAGUCACCUAUUGAGAAGCCAGCGAUGUUUGCUUUCUGUUUUAAGCCUCGAGGUUUGGAAGUCAAGCACAGGGGAACAAAACACAGGGCACAGAAGAAACUCUCGGUUUAUGCUCAACAUAGUACUGCUUUGGGAGAUUAUGAUGUCUAUAAUUCAUCUGGAAGAAGACCCCCUCCUGGUGUUGCCGCUGUAGAUGAGAGGUUUUCGUAUUCAAACCAAAGCUAUGAGCACUUGGAAGAAUAUCCUAUGCAUCCAGUAUUUCCUGGAACAUAUUCCCCUCGUGACCUAGGCACGGGACACUUCUCGACUGGUGGAAAUGGGUAUCAUAGGAAUCACCAAAACAAGUUUCAAAGAAUCAAUGGUAAGAGGAACAUGAGUGACCGAUGGAAUGCAGGAUUUUCUGAAUGUCCCAGUUCCAAUCAUUAUUACUCCAACGGAUCUCAGCGUCUUGAACAUGAAGAAUCACAUAACAGUACAGAUAUAGAUGAGUACAAAUUGCGAGAUGCAGCUGGUGCUGCAAGGCGUGCAUGCGCUUUGGCCAAGCUCAAGCGAGAAAGAGCAGAGAGUUUGAGGUACAAAGCAGAUCUAGCGAUCCAGAAAGCUGCAGCUGCUCUCAUGUGUGCAGAGGCCAUUAGAGCUUCGACUGCUGUGUACCAAAGCAGCAGCAACAACGAGUUUGAAAACUCAAGCGAAGGAUGA